AUGGUAAGUCCUGCUUGUGGACUUCCUCCGGUCCCAAAAGGUCAUCAAAUAUUAGAAGUAAUUGGAUCUGCUGGUAAUUAUACGGCAAGAUAUAAAUGUGGUCAAUAUUACAUUCAUCGUCAAAUAGGCGAAACACGAUGUAUUGGUGAUUCAGACUGGACGGAAACACCAUGCAAGGGUAAGCAUACUAUCAACAACUCAGUUUCACAGCCUCUCGAGACUAAGGGUACCAAUAGGGAAAGAUUCAUUGGUUCACACCCUGGAUUUGAAUAUUUUGUUGAAGACGCUCCUGCUUGUGGACCUCCUCCAGUCCCAAAAGGUCACAAAUUAUUAGAAGUAAUUGGAUCUCCUGGUAAUUAUACAGCGAGAUAUAAAUGUGAUCAGUUAUACGUUCAUCGUCAAAUAGACGAAACACGAUGUAUUGGUGAUUCAGACUGGACGGAAACACCAUGCAAGGAUUUUGCUUCUUGUGCAACGAUAAAAGAAUGUAACUCGUCUUACACAACUGACGGUGAAUAUAUUCAUUAUCCUGGUAUCUUAAACAGUUCUUCAGUUCGUCUGUAUUGUCACAACAUGAAUACCAGCAAUCCUAAAACCUACCUCACUCUCAAUGCUACUAAUGUGUUUGAUUAUCCUACUGGAAGAUGCGGUAAUAAUACUGGAUGUAAAGUGUUUCCCUAUACCAAUCCUGAUCAAGGAAAGACAACUUUCACAAAGGUUGCUAUUGAUACAAAGAAAAUGUCCAGCAUAAAGAAUGAUUAUACAUUUACUAUUCAACAUUUUGGAGCUCAGAGGACGUAUGGCUCGGUGUAUUGCUGUAGUCGUUCAAAUAUAGCAAUGUGUUUGAGAGGAAGAUCAACAUUAGAUGUAACUAAUACAGGAUUAAUGAUCAGUAACUCGACAACAUGGUCAAAAACCGGACAUUCAAGUCAUUUUACAGUAAAUAGAACUGAUUUUGUGGUACAAUUAAGAGGUGACGGUAGUUGCGGUGGGGCUAGACCAACUAGUAACUUGAUACAAUUUGUUAAAGAUCAACAAUAUGUUAUGCCGGUUGAUACUAUAGAUCCGCAAUGUCUUUUACUUGGUAUAUAG